ACAUUUAUUGUGUGAAACAGUCAUCCGUUGCCCUGUUUGACAGGACGAGAGAGCGACACAAGCAAAUUAACUAAUGUUUAAUUAACUACUUGUUAACGUUAAUGCCUAAUUAACUACUUACUCGUCCAUGGUUGUUAUUAAUUGCCGCACGCCCUGCGCUGUGGCAUGCAUUUUUUGCUUUUUUGAAAAGUUUAGUAUCGGGUUUUGAGAGCAAUUGGAUCCGUGUUAUUGAGAGAGUUAUGUUUGGUUGUAGUUUUGGGACUGUAUCAGCCAUAUCCAUGUAAUCGGAAUCAUGACUGAUGCACAGGGAAGCACGGGGAGCUACAGAGGUUUGAAGAACGAGGAUGGGUAUGAAAUCUCCAUUCCUCUUGAGGACAACAACCUGGACGAAUCUGGUUUCUAUAAUCAAACUGACCACACCUUCAAUGAGUCAGCCUCAGGUCAGAUUCCUCCUUGCAGUUCGUACCUUCUGAUUACCAGCCUCCGAGCACAACUGCAGAUUUCUCUGGAAAAGAACUCCUGGCUCCAAAAACGCAUUGAAGAUCUGGAGGAGGAGAGGGACUUCCUGCGCUGCCAACUUGACAGAUUCAUUUUCACCACCAAGAGUCAAGAGAGCAAUGGCACAAUGGGAAAAGAAACUGAAGCAGAUGCCGUGCAGCAACCUACCAGUCAGAAGCAGCCCAACAAUCCAAAGCCCCCCACCCGGAAAACACCCACUCCUUCAUCACACAUGAUGACACGCUCUGGAAAAAUCCCUGCACGCAACCAAAAGCGCAGCAGAAAAAACAACCAAGAAGGAGAAGAGGUGAUUGAGGAGGAAGAGUAUAUAGCAGAGGAAGAUUAUGUGGAAGAGGAGCAGGUUGUUACAGAUGAUGAUGGUGGCUAUUCAGAUAGUAAAAGCUCACAAAAGAACCAUUCAGGCAGGCUGAAUUGCCAGACGAGAGUGAAAAGACGACGCGUUUUUCGUAUUGCGCGAAGCAUGGAAAGACAAAGAGUUAAAGACCCUGCAGGUGUUCUGCUUCGCUACAAUAAGAUCCUUGUGACCUAUCAGAAGUUGAAGAGCAUGUCUAGAGCAUUCCAGGUCCAUGGGGUUGACCGAAACACCGUGGCCUCCACCACUCCUAUUGCUGAAAUGCUUUUGGUCGCUCCUGAGAAAGUGUCUGAGGUUGGUGAGUUUGAUUCCUCCAAGGAGAAGCUUCUGGAUUAUGCGAGGCGCUGCUAUAAAGCUCUUGAUGAGGACGCUCAUGCUAAGGUGCAGGCCUUGAAGAAGAACAACCUCUUGCUACCCAUUUCAUACAGGUUCAGGCACUGAAUUUCCAACAAAAUGUAUUCCUUUUUGGGGGGAGGAGGAGCCAGCGGUGUUGAGGUAGUGGUUUGGACACCAUGGAGUCCACUGAACUUUUAUGGACUCUUAUGGACUUUUUUUUUUUUUUUUUUUUUUUUCAAUCUCAAUUCUACAUCUACACAUUUGGAGUGAAAAACCCAACUCUGUGCCGGUUAAUGAUGGUAAUUAUUCAGUUAAAGUGUGUCAAUUAAAGGAAUUGCAUGUUGAGCAAGCAUUUGGACAAAUACUAUACAGUUUUGAAAGUUUAAGAGAAAAUGUUUUGGUAAAAAAAAAUGGAGGGAGAAGAACUUUUGUGAGGUAAAUAGUCAGCCACUGUAUUUGAAGGGUUGCAUGUCUUUAUUUUGUAUAUAUGAUUAAGUUUCUCAUUGUAAAGUUUGGAAAUCUCACUCCUUAAAUGUAAAGGACUUUGUCUUGUUUGAGUUUAUAAGUUGGGGAUCACAUAUGGUACCUCUUCUCUUUAGUAUCCUGACCCUUGUGAUCACAUUGGACAAUAUGAGUCAGGCUAAAGAUUAAUGAAUAAAGUUAUCAGCUUGCUACCAUCUUAAAAAAAAAAAAAAGUUCCUAAAUCAUCUUCAGACUUUCUUUCUAAACUUUUCCUAACUAAAAUGUUUGCCAUCAAAUGAUAAAUGAGCGCAUUAUUCUUUAAUCUGUGUGCAUUUUUUUUUUUUCAUACAUAACCUAAUGAUGAGAAACCCCAAAAAAACAAAGAAUAGUAGUUCUGCUGUGUUCAACAUCUGCUAACCUUUCAAAUCACUAGGGUAGAAGUGUAUUGAUGCCUUAUGAAAAUGACUGCACAAUUUUUAGCACAAAAAAACAUUUUUUUUCUUUCUUUUUGUAUUUGACAGAUGGGGAAAGCUAAUUAUGUAUAUAAAACCAGGUAUUUGAUAACAGACAUUGUUUUCAUUUGUGCAAGUUUGUACACUUUUGGGUACUAGUCCUACUCAGGAGAUUACAAAGCAAACCAUAAAUAUAAAAGAUUGCUUAUUGAAUUAAAAUAUAAUUUAUGAGAAAAUGUUUUGUUCAUAGCUCUUGUUGUCUCUGUUUACUAGUUCAUAAUCCUCCUUUGGUGUGUCUUUAUAACAUUAAAUAUAAUGCUAAAACAGUGUUUAUACUUUGCAACAUCGGUUUAUUGUCUUAAAUGGGAUUGUUGUUGUUGUGAUUAUCUAUUAUUUUUUCUUUUGUAUUAUGAAUUCAUUUCAAAACUAUACCCUGCUGUUAUUAAACAUCUUAUUGUUUAGAA